AUGAAGAACGUCUACUGCGAGGAUGAAGGAGUACAACUUAAAAGAUACCAGAUCGUGAUAACUUUGUCAUACAUCUACUUUGGACGCUCUACGAGUAUGAAAGACUUGAAGGGAGAACUGAACAUAAAGAUGAGAGCAGCGUCGGCAGCAUUCGCACUCGUCAGGGGAGCUACGGGGCAACUGACGGAUCAAGCUCUCCGGGCCCACCUGUUCGACUCAACAGUUCUUCCAGAGCUCUGUUACGCAGCGGAGACGUGGGCGGACACCGCCGCUAAGUCCAGAAAGCUACUUACUAUCCACAGAGCCCUUAAAAUAUGUCUUCUAAAGUCUCCGGCGCACACAACAUCAAGCCCAUCUUCGUAG